GUCGGGGGGAGCAGGAGGCCUGGGAGCUAGCUCUGAGCAUCUGGAAGAAGAUGGGCCUGAGAGAACUGUGGGAGCAAGCCAGGAAAGGUCCAUUGCUUUCUAAUUUCCAUCAUGAGGACAAAAGAAAAUUCUCAUAAUUUCAAGGACAGAGCCUGAGUUAUCAAAUCCAUCCUGUUUCCUUUUAAUGGGAAAAUAUCACUUAGAGAGUAGCCAUAAGUAAGCUCAGCUUAAGAUAACCAUGUCAGCCUCCAAUAUCACUUCCCUGCACCCGCCAUCCUUCCUGCUAAUGGGAAUCCCGGGCCUAGAGCAUCUGCACAUCUGGAUCUCUAUUCCCUUUUGUUCAGCCUACACCCUGGCCCUGCUGGGUAAUUGCACUCUGCUCUUUGUCAUCUGGACAGAUCCUGCCCUCCAUGAACCCAUGUACCUCUUCUUGGCCAUGUUAUCAGCCAUUGAUCUUGUUCUCUCCUCCUCUACCCUUCCCAAGAUGCUGGCAAUCUUCUGGGUGAAUGACCAUGAGAUCAGUUUCCACGCCUGUCUAACGCAAAUGUUCUUCCUCCAUUCCUUUUCCAUUAUGGAGUCAGCCAUCCUCCUAGCUAUGGCCUUUGACCGUUUUGUGGCCAUUUGUGAACCACUGCACUACGCCACGAUGCUAACACGGUCACUCAUUUCCAGAAUUGGAAUGGCAGCUGUAGCGCGGGCCGUGGCCCUCAUGAUCCCUCUCCCCUUCCUGCUGCGGCGUUUUUCCUAUUGCCGGAGCCGAGUGAUCGCCCACUGCUACUGUGAGCACAUGGCAGUGGUGAAACUGGCCUGUGGCAACACACGGUUCAAUAAUGUCUACGGAAUUGCAGUAGCUCUGGUCAUCGUGGGCUUGGACCUGCUUUUUGUGGUCCUCUCUUACGCUCUGAUACUGAGGGCAGUGCUCAGACUGGCCUCUCAGGAGGCUCGGUACAAAGCCUUUGGAACCUGUGCUUCCCACGUGGGGGCCAUUUUGGCUUUCUAUACACCUGUUGUGAUCUCAUCAGUUAUGCACCGGUUGGCCCGCCAUGCUGCCCCCCAUGUCCACAUCCUUGCAGCCAACUUCUACCUGCUUUUCCCACCCAUGGUCAACCCCAUCAUCUAUGGAGUCAAGACAAAACAGAUCCGUGAACGAGUCAUGGGUCUCUUCCAAAGAAAGAAAAUCUAGAUGGAAGCCAGUGAGUAGAUCAUAGAACUAUAUGGGAGAAAACAAGACAAUCCUUCCACCUCAGGUUCCCGAACUUAGUCCAUCAAUGGGAGAAGGGAAGAAUGACUGGUCUCAGAUUAUAUGAAGAGAAACACAGCCUCUACAUUUGGUUCAAAUACUAGCAUCCUUCUCCUUUGAGAAAUACCAAUCUGGUGUAGAGAAGACAAAGUCUCAGACUAAUGGGAAACGCUGAAUAUACACUUAAAGCAGAAACAUAAAAAUAUUUUCCAAAUGACAAUUCAAGAAGCACAAAUUAGCAAAUUGAUAAUAAAAAGUUAGAGAAAUGUAGCUUUUUAUUGCCUGGCACAGGCCCAGUUCCCCUCUCCCUCCCACCUCCAAUGGUCUUUUGAUAUCCUUGAUAAAGAAAGAUUAGGUGUCUUGUCCAUUCAUUUAGGACAUACUUUCCAACAAAUCUUCAUUCAGCACUAAUUUUUCACUAAUUUGGGUGUGAGGAGAGGGAAUAGCAACUUGUCCCUGCCCUCCAUGAAAUUACAGUUUGCUCACAAGGCAUACUUUUAAUACACUUUCUCUGGAGCAAAAACAAUCUCUCCUGUAAUGGACCCUAAAGACUUUAGAAACUGUUAGAAAACUAAACAGGAGAUCAAAAAUUCACGGGGAGGCAGUGAUAGAAACAAAGAUAAUUCUCCUUCCUAAGACCAACUGCCUUCCUUCCUCAUUUCCCCAAGUCAGCCCAGUAAAGGGAAUUGUGUUUCAGAAUCCCAACACAUUUCAGAAGUCAUCUGAGUUCAUUUUAUUUUUGGAUGACUUGAAUUUUUUUUGACAUUUUUACUUUAUCAAGUUAAAAAUCUCCCUGUCUAUAACUUGCAUAUAUUGUAUCAUUUUUCUUAACCAAACAGAGCAAAUUUUCUCUUUCUUUCAUAGGAGGAAUUUUCACACAAUUAUUAUUUCUUCUCAUGAGUAUUCUCUACUAAAGGAUAAAGAAAAUAUUUGGCAUUGAUAUUGGAUUCUUGCAUUUGCAAAUCAUUUUAUGUAAUUUCUUUUGAGACAUAAUAAGACUCAGAAAUAAAUAUCAUGGUAGUAUUAAUCUCAAUUUUACAAAUGAGGAAACUGAGGCUCAAAGAGCUUAUGUUUCAGCUUUUGUCCAAGUGCCAGAGGAAAUUUGAAUUACAAACCUUUGUAACUCCAAGUCUAACACUUUUUUUUUUUUUUGUAAAUCAUGCUUUCUUGUGGUGUUUGAUGUGAUAUAGUCUCUAGUUCCCUGUUACAAGUUAUUCUCCUGUGAACUUGGUUGUAUCCUUUCUGGAAUGAGGGAUUUAGAAGUGAACCCAACCUCAGGCUCAUAACAGAGUACAACUUUACACAGUCAGUUCUUUAGACUUUGCUUCCCUUAAGGUAGGAUUAUAUUAAUGUUUUUGUCUGCCAUGUUUUUUCCAAAACACUAAAACUGCUGGCAAAGAUUACUCCAUCUCUUAUAACAACUCAUCUCAUGGUCUUUCAAUCUUCCCUUUCUGUAAGUUUUUCUCAAAAUCAAAUCCCCAACUCCUCAUGUUUCCUCUUCAAUUCCAACUCAUCUGUGGAAAUGGAAACUCAUUUGUUUUCUUUUAUACAUUCUCUCCUGAGUUUUUUAAGUCUCUUCCCCUAAUUCCAUAUUCAUUUUAUAUAUUAUGUCUUCCAUCUCCCCUAAGUGACUAUGACAUCAGCCAAAUUUGGACUAUGUGUUGUUGUUUAAUCAUUUCUGAUUCUUUGUGACCCCAUUUGGAGUUUCCUUGGCAAAGUAUUUUGGCAAAAAUACUGGCCUCAUUUUUCAGCUCAUUUUACAAAUGGAGAACUGAGACAAAGAGGAUUAAUAACUUGCCUGAAGUGACACAGCUAAUAAGCACUGAGACAAGAUUUGAACUUGGAAGAUGAGUUUUCCUGAUUUCAGACCCAUUACUUCAUUCACUGUGCUACCUACAUACUUAGACCAUAUGCAAGCAAUUCUCUUUUCCCUUCUGAGAUAAAGCAACAAAUCUACUCACAUUGACAAAGUGCCUACUAUGUACCAGGAAUUGUAUUUGGUGCUAGUAAUACAAAUACAGAGUAUAAAACUGUCCUCACUCUCUAGGAAUUUACAUUCUCUUGAGCACACUACAAGUACAUGUAUAAGUAUAAUCAGAAUAAAAAUAAAAUGAAUAGACACAAAAUAAAGUAGCAUAGGUAGUUAAAUAUAAAGUAGUAGAAAAAGGAAAAUUAAUAGUUGGGGAGAUCAGAAAAUGUUUCAUGUAAUAAAUGAUACUUGAGCUUUCCACAUGAAAGAAAAGAGGUAUUCUAAGAGGGGUAUCCAUUAUCGCAAUCCAUUCCAUUAUGAACUCUUAGAGGGCAGGAAUUGCUUUUACCUCUUUUUGUAACCUCAUUUCUUAACACAGUUUUUGACAUAUAGUAAGUACUUAAUAAAUAUUUAUUGACUAACUAAUAUAAA